GUUAUUCCUGCCUCUACCUCCCAAACGCUCCUCAAAGCCGAAGGCGAAACACACCACCGUUGGCCAUGACGUCCAGCCUCGACGAGCUCCCCGUCCACCUCAUCUUCCUCAUCCACGGGUUAUGGGGUAACUCCUCCCACAUGUCCUACCUCGACUCCCGCCUCCUCGCCCUCAACGACACCGUCUCACUCGACCACCGAAUCCAAACCCAUAUCUGCCGAGAAAACGAAGGAAACAGGACAUAUGACGGGAUCGACGUAUGCGGCGAUCGCGUCGCGGAGGAAAUCCGUCAAGUCCUGUCCGAAACGCAAAAGGCGGCAAGAGUUGCGAGGAUGAGCGUAGUCGGAUACUCACUCGGCGGACUCAUCGCUCGCUACGCACUCGGCACCCUCGAACGCGAACACUUCUGGUCAACCUCUGGACAAAACGUCGCACCAGUCAACUUCACAACCUUCGCCACCCCCCACCUCGGCGUCCGCACCCCAAGCCCGUCCCUCCUCUCCUCCCUCUACAACUCCCUCGGAUCGCGCCUCGUUUCCAUGUCCGGCGCACAACUAUUCUUAGCGGACGAUUACCACGGUGAUGGGAGGUGCUUACUCGAAGUCAUGUCCGAUCCGGGUCGAGAGUGGGUCGCUGCGUUACGGAGGUUUAGGCGGAGAGACGUGUUUGCGAAUAUCGUCAAUGACCGCACGGUACCAUACUACACCGCCUCCAUCACAGACGUGCAACCCGAAACUCCGCAACUGCACCCUGGUCCCGUCAUCUUCGUCAAUGACGUCAAUGACACCAACCCUUCAAACCACACCUCCGAACCCCCCGAGGAAUCCUGGAACGAAACCAUCAAAGAAAAAUCCAUGCUCCUCCUUUUCUACUCCCUCUUCCCCCUCUGGAUCCUCGCGUUCCUCGGGCACAGCGUAUGGCAAUCUCAUCACUCCUCCCGUCGGAUCCGUGAGUACCGGCGGGGACGUCCACUCGUACAGCGCGUGAAGGAUGAGGUUCGGGAUGAGGCGGAUUCGUUGUUGGGCGUGAAAUAUGCGAUUGAGGAUGAUGGUGGGGGGAGUGGGUUGACGAGUGAUGCAGCGUCAUGUAUCUCCUCCUCACCAUCCCCAUCCCCCCCCCCAGUCGCCAUUGACGCCGAAGACACCAUCGCGAACACACACCCCAACCUCCCAACCGGUACAAACCUAAAUCUCCACCCAGCCCAACGCUCAAUCCUCCAAAACCUAAACACCCUCCCCUGGGAAAAAAUCGCCGUACACGUCCAGUUAUCGAGACACUCGCAUGCGGCGAUUAUAUACCGGCAUCAAGGGAGGAGGCGGCUGCGGGAGGGGAAGAAGGUUGUUGAUUGGUGGUUGAGGGGUGUGGGUACCGAUGGCGAGGAUGGGGAAGUGGGAGGAGGUGGGUUUAAGAUCUGAUAUACGAUGACACGCGUUAAGCUUUUACGGAGGUGGACGGUGCUUAGAGAAAGGGCCAUUGCCACAUACAUACUACCUGCU